CUGAGGGGUCGAAUUUAGCAUGAGUGUCGAAAAUGUUGAAUUAUUUUCAAAGUCAGUAUUUUUAUCUGCCGAAGAGAAAGGGAAAAUAUUAAGCGGUAAGCGUCCUCGUGAUGUUACAAAAGAAAGGCUAAAGGAAUGGCUUUCAUAUCGCAAAGAAAUUGCCAAAGAUGAAAGUGCUGGAUCGACAGUUUCGAAACCCCUGCAAGUUCAAAGAUCGUUGAUAAUGGACACACACUUGUGACAAACGAGCUGGUCAAGGAAUGCAUAAUGAUGAGUGUGCCGCGUGAUAAAAAUACAGUUGCAAAAUUCCAUGAUAGUAAAACCUUGAAAAUGGUUUACUUCUGAAUUUCGCUCUUUUAAGAUGAUUUUCCUGUUCAUUAGCAGAGAUCAGCCCGGAGAGAAUUGAACCAUCUGUUUCUUCGCCAACUACAGAGAAGAUGAAAUUCUCAAGUAAUGACCACCGUGAAGCGGUGUGUAUCAUGCAUGACAUACUACAAAUACAGAGUAACACAGACAACGCCCAGCAAAGUGACCCAUCGAUGGAUCUGCAGAAAACCGCCGCCGAUAAAGGAUUUUUGGUCUGUGACAACCCCGCCUCUGGAGAUUGCAUGUUCUACGCGUUAUCGCAUCAGCUGCAGAGCACCAAAGGAAUCGAGAUUUCACACAGACAAUUGCGUUGUGACUUGGUCCAGUUCCUGGAGAGAUAUCCUAACCUGAAUGAUGGAACAGAGCUGUACAACUUCGUCGAUGGAUAUCGAUCAUGGUUUGAUUAUCUGAGAAGCAUGGAGAAAGACGGCACCUGGGGUGACCACUUGAUCCUUUAUGCCGCAGCAAACUCCUACAAGACUUGUAUUCGUGUGAUUAGCAGUCUUGGCCAUGACGUCAUGAUCAGUCCGAAUAAUCCCACGGAUAUCAACACCAAUCCACUUGUUAUUGGUCACAUACAUGAGAGGCACUGUGUAAACCUUCUGUCUAGACAAGAAUCAUAUGUAAAUCAGCAGAGAACAGGCCCAAGAAAAUAUGAACCAUCGAUUUCGUCUGUUACCCCAGCUGCAAAGAAGACCAAAUACACUGAGGACCACCACGCAGAAUCAAAUGUAAAUCAGCAGAGAACAGGCCCAAGAAAAUAUGAACCACCGAUUUCGACUGUUACCCCUGCUGCAAAGAAGACCAAAUACACCAAUGAUGACCAUCACGCAGGCUCAGCAACUGUAAAUAACUUAAAAGAUGACGCACAGGAUUCUAGUGGCAAACCACCCCACCUAGAUUUUGAGCUUCCAGAUUUAAAGGACCUUCCUACGUCAAGCAGCAACUGGAGCGAUAUUGAACUCCCAGUCGAGAUCCUGCUGUUAACAGUGGAGGAUUGCGAGUUCUUGGCAUGUUUCCACUAUCUAAUUCAACCCUUAAGGAGCUACCACAAAGACAUCGGGUUUGUCUACUUUGGGCUCAUGGGAUAUCACCAUGAGAAGGAAUUGAAAAUUGCUUUGGUCAAGUGCACCAAAGGUUCAGCAGUCCCUGGCGGUUCUUUGACUGUUGUAAAUGAUGUAGUUCGAGCUUUGGGACCCAAAGCUGUGUUUUCUGUUGGUGCUUGCUUUGGGUUAACUCCCGUGAAAACCCGACUAGGAGACGUAGUUGUGUCUUCAAAGUUGACAACGCUUGCCCACAAAGUUCCUCCAAGCAGGGAUAUUGGUAACCUUAUCAGAUAUGCAGCUGAUGGCUGGAGAGCACCCUUAAAAGACCCUAAAGCUCGUGAAGUAAAAGUAAAUCGUGACGGUACUGUCUUAAGUAUCCCAUGGUCACAGGAAAGAAGUGAGGAUAUUCUUCAGCAACAUCCUGAAGCAAUUGCAGUGGAAAUGGAAGGUGAAGGAGUGUUUGCUGCAGCUCAUCAUCUGAAAACGGAAUGGGUGGUUGUAAAAGGCAUCAAAGGCUAUGCAAGCGAGAAUCGUUCCUCAAGUGAUGAGUGGGAAGUAUUCGCAAGUGCUAUGGCGGCCUCUGUUGUGUCCAAUAUUUUGAGGAAUCCAGGCGUAUUCCAAGAUUGGAGCCAUUACAAUGAAGAUGCUACGGAGCCGAUUAAUGUGAUAGAAAGGAUUCGUCAGCUGUAUAAAACCCGAGAGGGACAGCAUCUUCCAGUUCCAUGGUGUGAAGAUUUUAGUUUUAAUCUGAACGAGAUUUUCACCAGGCUCAGAAUUUUAGGCAAAGAUAUCAGAGGAGAAUUAAAAUGGGCAGACGAAAUCACCAAUAUGACAGCUAUCUUCAGACCACAUGAAGAAGGCAAGAAGCCACGUACCGUUUUGAUAGAAGGAGACCCAGGUAUAGGUAAAACAACCUACAGUCAAAAGCUGGCGUACGACUGGGCGACUUUGCCAAAAGAUUGGCACGAGACGUUUCCGAUGAUUGCAGUACUGUUGCUGCUAAGGUGCCAUGAUAUUAAAUCUAGCCUUUGGGAGGCCAUUGAUGAACAACUUCUACCUAAAGACAUUGACGAAGACUGUAAAGAAAUCUUUUUCAAGUUUAUUCGUAAAAAUCAGUCCAAGGUGUUGAUAGUUCUGAACGGUUUAGACGAAGCUGACCAGGAUAAACUGGGGAUGUUUAUCGAUCUCGUUCAAAGUAAACAACUCCCUAAAUGCUUUUUUGUCUUCACGUCUCGACAUGACUCUGGAUUGAGAAUAAGGCGCUUCUGUGACAACCUGUGGGAGAUUGUGGGAUUCACCAGGAAAGAUGCCGAACGCUUUAUUUACAAGUACUUUGUAAACGCAAAGAACUUGGCGGACAGACUUGUUAAAGAAAUUUCGUCGCACCCUCAUUUAUUACAAUUGACAUCAAAUCCUCUAAACGCUGCAUUAUUGUGCAUUCUUUGUGAGGAUUUUAAGGGAACUUUUCCAGAGAGCAGAACUGAAUUGUUCAUUGAAAUUGUGCUGUGUGUUUUGAGAAGAUAUGAAGAAAAGAAUGGAAUUUCUAGCUACAAUGAAGAUUUAAUGAAAGUUUACCAAGAGGACCUUCGAUGCUUAGGACGUAUGGCGUUAACAUCGCUCCUUAAGGGCGAGCUCUAUUUUGACGAAUGCAGACAGAAAAACAGCAGUUUAAAUGUUGUAAAGAAGUUUGGACUUCUGUCACGCCAGCCUGGAGGGAGUAAGAGGAAGCCUUGUUACCGUUACGGAUUUCUUCACAAAAGCUUUCAAGAAUUCUUCGCUGGUUUUUAUCUUGCUCUAGAGAUUCUCAGAGGAGAAACUGAGCCAGAAAUCUCAGUCACUGAUCUAAGAUUUCUGAAUGAAUUUAAGGAAGUGUUUUUGUUCAUGACUGGCAUUGUUGUCUCGCGGUGCAAGGAAACUUCCUUGCGCUUACUGAGUAAUAUUACUGCUCAUAUAAAUUCACUAGGUGGCCAUGGAUAUCAUAAGAAGAGACGUAAAGAAGUCAACAAGAAAAUAGAGCUAGCAUUUUCUUUUAUUGAGGAAAGUGGCAAACACAGAGAAAACUUUCAGUCCCAGUUAUUACACCAGUUUGGCUCUCAACUGUGUUUGGAAACUUUGCUUUUAAAAAUGGAUGCUCGACUGACUUUUGUCUUUGAAAGUCUUUCAGUCAAUACUUCCUUGACGGAAUUAAGGUUGGUUGGUGAAAAUAGGGAUUUUCGCGUAGGUGAAUCUAAAUCCUCUAAACUCUCUGUAGCUCUUUCGUUUAAUACUGGAGUUACCUUGUAUAAUGGUGUGAACAUUGGUAUGAUUACUGAUUCCAGUGCAGCAUCCCUCGAAAAGGCUCUUUCAGCCAAUACUACAAAGUUGUCUUAUUUAAACUUGAUAGGUUUCUGGAUGUGGGGUUCUGUUCUCGAAUAUCUCUCCAAGGCUCUUACUGUCAAUUCCACCUUGACUUACUUGAACUUAAGUGAUUGUCAAAUUGAUGAUUCUGGUAUUGCUUCUCUCUCCAGGGCUCUCUCAGUCAAUACUGCAUUGACAAAAUUGGAUUUAUCUUCUAAUGCCUUUGGUGUUUCUGGUGCGGCCUCACUAUCUGAGGCUCUUCGAGUCAAUUCUGCGUUGACCCAUUUAAAUUUGUCUAGUAAUCGGAUCCCUGAGUCUGGAGUUCUUUCGUUCUCUCAGACUCUUUCAGUCAAUACCACACUGACUUAUUUGAGCUGGAACGGUGGUCAACUUGGUGCUUCUGGUACUGUCUAUCUCUCAGAUGCUCUAACCGACAAUGAAACAUUGACUGACCUGGAUUUGUUUUUUAACGGGAUUGGUGACUCCGGUGUCGCUUCUCUCUCUAGGGCUCUUUCAGUCAACACCACAUUGACUAAUUUGUGCUUAGGUUGUAAUCAAAUUGGUGAUUCUGGUGCUGAUUCUCUCUCUACGGUUCUCUCAGCCAAAACGGCUUUGACUUACCUAGACUUGCAUGAUAAUAAGAUUAGUGACUCUGGUGCAGCUUCCCUCUCGGAGGCUCUUAAAGCCAACUCUACAUGUACAUUGACUGAUUUGAACUUGAGCUACAAUAAGAUUGGUGAUACUGGUGCUGUAUUUUUCUCGAAGGCUCUUUCAGUCAACACCACAUCAUUGACAAAUUUGAAUUUGUGCCGUUCUGUAUUUGGUGACCUUCCUGUGGCUUCGCAUUGGGAGGCUUUUUCAGUAAAUAGGAUGGGCGACUUUGGUGCUGCUUCACUCUCAGAGGCUCUUUCCGUCAACACUAAAUUGACUAAUUUGAACUUGGGUGGGCAUGCAAUCGGUGAUUCUGGUGCGGCUUCUCUCUAUAAAGCACUUUCGGUCAAUAAGACAUUGACUAAUUUAAGCUUGGGUUCUGACCUUAACUGGAUUGUUGAUAAUUGUCGUAUUUCUCUCUGUGAGGAUUUUUCAGUCAAUACAAUUAGUGAUUCUGGUGCUGCCUCACUCUCUGAGGCUCUUUCAGUCAACACCACAUUGACUUAUUUGGACUUGAGGGGUCAUUCGAUUGGUGCCUCAGGUGUUGCCCAUCUCUCCAAAGCUCUUGCAAUCAAUACCGCCUUGACUGAUUUGAACUUGCAAGGGAAUUAUAUCUGUGAUUCUGGUGCUGCUUCUCUCUCUAAUGCUCUUCUAUCCAAAAAAACUGCAUUAACAAAUCUGCACUUGCGAGAUAAUUCGAUUGGUGAUUCUGGUGUCGUUUCUCUCUCAAACUCUCUUAAGGUCAAUACAACACUGACUGAUUUGGACUUAAGUCGCAACACGAUUGGUGACUCUAGUGCUAAUUCUCUCUCAAAGGCUCUUGAAGUCAAUAAUACAUUGACAAAUUUGAACUUAAGUCGCAACGCGAUCGGUAAUUCUGGUGCUAAUUCUCUCUCAAAGCUUCUUGAAGUCAAUAAUACAUUGACUCAUUUAAACUUGAGUAGUAACACCAUUGGUGAAUCUGGGGGUGUUUCUCUCUCAAAGGCUCUUGAAGUCAAUGGCACAUUGACGCAUUUAGACUUAAGUGAUAAUGCUAUUGGCCCUUCUGGCUGUGCUUCUUUUUCUAAGGCCCUUUCAGUCAACACUGUAUUGACUAAUAUAGAAUUGAGAGGAAAUGAUUGGCUACAUAUCCAGCAAUAUCGGAUGUAGAUGCCCUCUGAUAAAAGCUAUUUUCCUUGACGUAUUUUGAUAUAGUGGCAACACGAUGGACGAUUCUGCUGCUGCUUUCGUAAACUGCUUCUUUAAGCUCCUUAUGUCAAGACUACAAAAACUGAUUUGAUCUUGAGUAUUAAUGAGAUUAGUGAUAUCAGGGCUUCUCUUCUCUCUGAGGCCCUCUCCUCCAUUCAAGGUAUUUAGAUUUGAGUUUAAAAUGAGAUGGUUGUGUUGAAGCAUGACGGAUUUUCAAAUUGCCUGUUUUUCAAAGUCAGUUUUGAAUCAAUUGUUAAUAUUGUCUGCCAGAACUGGACGCCAAAAGUUAAAUUUUUGUCAUUCAUACAAUGAUUUGUUUUAGAUUUUGUCAGUUUUUUAACCUCUCAAACAAGCUUAAGAUUUAAAAAAAGAGUGUAUAAUCUUGCUCAAUUUGUACAUGACUAAAUUUGGCGAGUUUGUGAUUGUUAUUGGUCGGUAACAGCUAGUAGUUCGGUUGCUUUAAAAAAAAAAAAACUCUUUCCCUUGAAUGAAUUAUUGAUAAAAUAGAAAAUUUAUUGUAAUAUCAACAACUUUGUCAAAUUUUGUCGAGAGUUGCUUGCAUUAAUAAAGUAUUACUUGGAGUA